CCACCCGGAGCCUCUAUCAAAUCCCCUGCAGCUAGCUGCGGUACCGGUCGUGCGGAGGAGAAGAAAGAGAUCCAAAAGUCAGUUGCGGUCUGGAGGAGGAGAAGAUCUGAAACCGAAAGGUCCCUGAAAAAGAGGAAGAGGAGGAUCGAAGGGGAAAGAAUAUUGGCGGGGAGAAAAUGAUGAUGGCCCAUUUCCAAUCUGGACCACUACCACACCUGGUUGCGCCCACCACGCCCACCACCGCCAGCAACAUGGAGAUGCCUGGAUAUGGAUACGGCAUGAUGGACACCCAACUCCAGCAAAACUAUCGCAACAACAACAUCAACUCCAACCAAUUCAUUCAGCAACAAUAUGUUGCACCUCAACCAGCACCAUGCUCACGCAAGCGCAAAGCCGAUUCGCACCCUGAAAACGAGCGCCUCGCCAAGCGCAUGAGCUUGUUGAAUCUGGAACACGGCGGCCACAAGUUAUACGUCCCCGUCGAGAACCCACAAGCUGCAAACUCCUUCUCACCUUCAUUCAUUCCUUCUGCCACAUCUACCCCGUCGUCAUCAUCCCAGACCAUCGGUCAAGAUGACACCGAAUACAUGCAAUGCGACAACACCAAGCACAAAGUGUACAUCUACAAUAUCGAAGACGAGCUCGCCUCCGACAGCGAAGCCGAACCAGACGGCGGCAAGCUGGUCUUCCUCCCGGACAUCGAGAAGCACCUGCGGCAGAACCGCAUCCCAACCCAGGCCCUACUCAAUACCCAGUCGUCGUUCGUGGAUCCGGACAUCCUGAACAAGCAGCUGGUGCUCUACAGCGUGCCGGCUUCCAUCACGGUCCCUGAGGAGCAGGAUAGCGUGCGCAAGGCCAUCCUUGAGGCAAGAGCCCGUGUGCGUGAGAAGCAUUUGAUGGAGAGUCAACAGCUGCAACAGCAGCAAAUGCAGCAGCAAUUGCAGCAGGUCAACAAUGGGUUGACGGAUACGAUGCAGAGUGUUCAUCCUGGAUCGCUACCGCAGUUUGGUGGUGCUUCUGCUGGUGAUGAGGAUGAUGAUGCUAUGGAUCUUGACUAUUCUUAGACUAGUCCGGUCUUUGCACACAUUAGAUCAUAUCCAUAUCAAAGCAGCGCAACAGCAGUUUGUUCAGUUCGUCUGGCGUUUGGAAAACGGGAUACACACACACACAAAGGGAUGGGGCAUGGUAACAAAGGCCCUAUGAAACGGAUAUACGGGAAACAAAACAAGCGAGGUGUUAUGGCGUUUUAGUUUUCACGGGCAUAGGCAUAGGCAUGAGAGGUUCAAACACGCAUGAUGAUGCCUCAAUUGGGAAACAUUGCCUGGGUUUGUAACUUAAGAUUGAACUUUAUCAAUAUCAUCUAUCAAUAUCAAGUCUUCAU